UUGAAUGAGUGGAAUAUUUGAGUCUCGAGAUUGAUUGUAUUUACUAAAGUAAAAAGUUCAAAUUUUCAAACUGUACUUUACAAUUGUGUUUACGCAGUAAAGUUUUGCAUCUAAAUAAAAACAUAUUUUCAAAUCUAAAUCAGUGAACCUGUAAAUUUUAACGUAGCCUGUGCCUGUUAAAGUUUGAUGUGUUUACGGUUAUUGAAAUGUGUUUUGGAAGUAUUCUGCGAUCCAAUAUUGGGCUCGUAUCAAUCAUUUCGUGAUAUUAAUUCUAAAACUAGUUAUGAUAUCACCUAGUGUUUCCCAGACAUGUGACUGUAUGUGAUACUAUAGCAACUAAGUACGAGGGAAUAAGUGCUGCUUUCGUUCGACUCGAUUUACACAUGCCGUUCGAUGGAUAACUAUAACAACAAAUCAUCUAAUAGUAAUACAAGUCGAAGAAGAAGUAAAAAUGAGACGAAAAAGGAAAUGGUGUUAGAUGAUAACAAAGCUAUAAGUUGUAUCGAACAGGAUGCUAAUAUCGUAAAUGAUGACAAUGAAAGUGACUCGGCAAGCUCCACCGACAGUGAAGAGCUCGUAAAUGCUAUCAAUUAUAACACUAUCACAUCUUUAGCUGCCCUAAAAGACAUUAUACAGGGAGAUAGAAAUGAUACUCCGGAAACCGAUAGUUUCUUCCAGCAUUAUUUUAUGAAUCACUGCAAUAAUCUUUCAAGUCGCAGUUCAAAUUCGACAUCUCCUUUUUCAUUUAAUGAAAGACGUCGGCUUUCACAAUGUCGAGAGGAAGAUGAAGAUGAUAUAAAAAAGGAGAGCUCUAGCACGAUUUCACCACAAAAGUUUGCUUUAGAUUUUAAGAGAAAGGAAGGUUCUAAAAAUAACAAUAACAAUCAAGUAAAAACAGAUGAUCACGAUGAGAAUGAAACAAAUGCUAAUAAAGAAGAUACGACAGAACAUACAGUUGUUAUAGGCGCGAAACAUAAGUUUUUAGUUACAACUGCCGAAGAAAAUUCUCAGAAAGACGUCGGAACAAAAACAGUUGACAAACCGUUUCGAACGCACGUCAGUAAUUCCCAUACUGUUCAUUUUGGUACCAAGGGUCCCGAAGAGCAACGUCCAAGUAUAAGAUCGAUAUUUACUGGUGAGAAUCUCCAUCGCGAUAAGAAUUAUUUUGAUAGUAGUUUAAUUGAAAUCAGAUCGACCGUUGACGGUGUUCCGACAAGCUCCGAAGAUAUAUGGAUUAAGAGAAGUGAAGACAGAAAUGUUUUGGAAAAAAAAUCGAAUAAAAAGGACAGCAAGAAUAAGAAUGUUAAAACUGAUAUUAACCUAGAAUCUCAACGAACUCGAUCAGGGACUUGGGGGUCGCAAGUGACGCGAAAAGAUGUUGUAAUCAAUGUUGAAUCUAAAAAGGUUAAGGAUGUCCGAAGAAACAGCGACGAGAGACGACAGAAAAGAGAACAGCGAUUGGAUGCGGCGAUCACGCGUAGUUCUAACUCCGUGGGCGAGAGGAGACGCAGGGGCUCCGCUGACGAGGGACAUUCACACCAGCUGUACCAGCAAACGAUUCAUGGAACUAGUGGUGUAAGCCGUAGACCGCCACUGUUUGACUUGUUCAAGUCCCGACAGCGUGGAGAUUCAAAGAAACACCCUAGUCUCAUGCAGCAAGUCUUCGGUGCACUGCAGGGUAAGACGAAAGCGUCGACAAAGGAAGGAAAAUCUGACUCGCCAAAGCAGGAGUCCACGAAAUCUGACAAUGUAUCAACUGCGUCUACGAGUAGCAGAAAAGCGAAGGACGGGUCGGCGCAUCCUCACCCAGGGAGCGAUACAAAGUACUACCACACGAUCACGGUGCCAUCACAACGCCGUGCCAGCGCUAUCAACAAGGUUAUGGACUUAUUCCGAGGCAGAGCAUCAGUACCUGGGCAGUCACACGCUGAGGGCUCGGACAGGAGGCGCUCGAGGGCAGUUGGUCAGCAAUACCAUCAUGGAGGGGCUAAGCUUCGGCGCGCUUCCUCUCAAGAUGCCGAGAAGAGACGCAGUUCACUUGGCAACCUGCCCGUAUCGAGACACAGGGCCUCCGACGCGUCCAUGGAUCCUCAACAAGCCGCCUUACUCUUCCGCCAAGCCAGAGGGUUGCCGCUCAGGGAUCCAUUCUUGGCGAAAUUUCAACUCUGUGAUCCUGCAAAAGAGGACGAGUCGCAGAUAUUCGUGAAGUUCUUCAAGUUCCACAAAUGCUACGAUCUGAUGCCGACCUCUGCUAAGCUGGUUGUAUUCGAUACUCAACUCCUGGUUAAGAAGGCUUUCUACGCUCUGGUCUGCAACGGUGUACGUGCGGCUCCACUAUGGGACUCUGACAAGCAGCAGUUCAUCGGCAUGCUGACGAUCACCGAUUUUAUUAAGAUCCUUAAGAUGUAUUACACAAGCCCAGACGUCGCUAUGGAGGAACUGGAAGAACACCGUCUCGAGACUUGGCGAAAGGUGCUGCGCGGGUCUGUGAGGCCUCUUGUAUCCAUAGAUCCGGAUAGCUCGCUCUAUGAGGCGAUACGCUUACUGAUCCUCAACAGGAUCCAUCGUUUGCCCGUCUUCGAUCCAAAAACUGGCAACGCGUUGUAUAUUCUCACACACAAGAGGAUCUUGAAAUUCCUCUUCUUAUAUAUAAACGAGAUGCCAAAGCCAAAGUUCUUACAGAGCAAGCUCCGCGAUCUUAAUAUCGGUACUCUUAACGACAUUGAGACCGCCACUGAGGAGACUACGAUCAUAGAGGCGUUGGGGAAAUUUGUGAACCGACGUGUGUCGGCACUGCCGAUCAUCGAUGCUGAAGGUCGGCUCAAGGACAUAUAUGCAAAGUUUGAUGUUAUUAAUUUGGCCGCGGAGAACACUUACAACAAUCUGGAGGUGACUUUGAAGAAGGCAAACGAACAUCGCAACGAGUGGUUCGAAGGCGUCCAGAAAUGUAACCUUGACGAGACGCUGUUCGAGGUUAUGGAGAGGAUUGUCCGCGCUGAGGUGCAUCGUCUCGUAGUUGUUGACAAGGAAGACAAAGUUGUUGGUAUUAUAUCACUCUCUGAUCUCUUGAUGUACUUGGUGCUGCGACCAACUGGCGAAUGCGCCGGCGCAAGCUUACGCAACGAACACCAAUCCCCCAUCUCUGAACAAGACGAGACAUCUGAAACACCAUCACAAGAAAGCCCAGAUACGACAGAAGCCGGUGAUGUAGAAACUCCGCAAACAGACAAUGAGUGAUUCCUUUGUGAUUUAUUGUUUUUUUUAUUUGCGAACAUUUAAUUUUGCUGGUAAUAACUUACGUUAUAUGCGGCGUGAAAAUUUAAUUUGGUCCGCACACAAAUUAUAUUGUGGUAAUGAGUAGUACUUAAGUGGCUAAGCAUAAAUUUAUUAUUAAUAUUAUCUGUUACUUUGGCAAUAAUUGACUGUCGUUGACGGCAAGGUUAUUUGGAUAUUAAGGUUGUAGUAUUGUGUUGGAACACAAUAUUUUGUUAUUUCUCAAUUAAAUGUUCGCUACGUUAUGCUUUUUGUGAACAGAAGUAUAGGAUUAAGUGAAGGGUCAAACAUAGUAUUGUGUUUUGAGAAACGUCAAAAUCUGGAAUGAAUAAUGGUGAGCAUUGUUUAAAAAAACUUUAUUCUAGAAAGAAAUAAAUGAUCGGGAGGUACUCGUAGAUUUUAUCAAUAAAAAUUAAAAAUAUAUACUUAGGUGUCGUGGUUGAAAUUUAAUGGAAGUUUAUUCUAUAAAUCUUGAUCAAUUUGUUGUGGUAAGUGUAGGAUAAAGCCUGCCUAAAGUCACAACAAAGCAACUUAAGAAACAUUUGCAAUUUACUUCCUGAUUGCUGAGUCAUUCGGUAUAUAGUUUUGUUGCAACUUUUUUUUGACAAAUUAAAGAUUCCGGUCGCAUUUAUUCAUAACUCUUGAUAUUGAGUUCCUAUUGAUAUUCCUAUCAAUAUGUUAUUUUAUUUUUUAAUUUUCUUCCGAUUUAAAAAAAAUGGUUACCUUGAAGAUUUCUUAACCAGAGUUCCAAUGAAGAAUGUUCACUCAUUUUGAUUUUUAGCUUUUCGUAUUCUCUAUAGAAAAUAUAGAUAUUAUGUAGUGUAUUUAUAUACAUCUAGAUUUUAUUGAAACUAUGUUUCAACCGAUUUCGCAUAGACUUUAAUAUUCUUCAUUAUAUGAUAGUAGAUGUGUAAGCGCCGGGCUGUAAAGUAUGAGCUGUGAACGAAACUUAACGAACCGAUGGACACAAUAUUAUAUUGAAUUACUCAUCGAUUGUAAGUAGUUACUUUUGCCAGUUACAGCAUAUGACGCAAUGAAUGACACCGCUCAUGGUUUGUUCCGGCGCAGAUACAAGGAAAAUAUCAUUAUGUUGUAUGUAGUUAACUUUCACUAUAUUGUGUAGAAAUAGUAGUUGGCAAAGUAGGCCUAAUUUUAGUGAAAUAUAUAACCACCAUUCUAUAUAUAUCUAACCUAGUUACUUUUUUAUUUAUGUAACACAGUAAUUACAAAACCUAUUGUUUAGUUUUGUGAUUUCAAUAUUUUUUACUAGACUUUUCCUUUUUGUAAGAAAUAUAACUUCCCUAAUAUUUUCUUAUGUGCUUCUUUAAUACUUUAUGUGUACAAAAGCAGAUGUCAUCUAUUUUUACAUAUAUACGUUUGUACUCUUAAUAAGUUAUAUUUUGGUUUGUGUACUCAAAUUAUGCAGCACAAAUUUUUAACACUUUUUUGGUCUUCCCAUACAUAUAUUUGCCAGUAUAACUUGUAGUUGAAAUAUCUUUGAUGAUCUUCAUAUAAUCGAUAUUAAAGAACUGUCUAACAAAUUAUUUUUACAGUAACCUUUUCACCAGUUCAUUAUUCAAUAUUAUCUAUUUCUUGAAUGGGUAUAUAGUAGAAGUUAUAGAAUAUCUUGCUGUUACUAUAAAAAUCGAAUUAUAAGGUUUUUUUUCCUAAUACAAUUUUGUAACAAAAUAAGUAGUUUAUUUAUUAUGUAAUACUAUUUAUAUAAGUUAAUAUAUUCUGUGUUAUCAAUAAACACGAAGUAAAGCUAUUCCAAGUUUUUAUACAUUAUCCUACCUUGUCACUAUAGAAUAACAUAACAGGGAGAAGUAAUUUCAAACUUGCAGUAACUUUACACUGUGUUUAUUAAUAAGAGAGAUAAUGUUUAUAGAUGUUUUAGUAUGUGUCCAUUUCGGGGACUGAAUAACCCAAAAAUUAAGAUAUUAUGAAAUUAAGUAGUGGAGUAGAAGAAAAUAGGUAUAUGUGACAUCACAGUGUAGGAGCAAGUCUUUAUAAUUAGGGGUUACAUAAGGAUGGCAAAUGACGCUGAAUAUAUAAAGGUCAUAUACCGUACUUAGUGUAGUAAAAAACACUAAAAGUUUACGGCUCAGAGUUAGUGUACCCGCGAGAACGUCUUACUACUGCCACCAGUACCAUUCGUAUUUUCAGUUCGCUCUCGGCUUGAUACAGUUUCGUUCGGUCAGAUAAUUAGACCGCACCUAAAGUUGGUACAUAAUAAUUCAUAAUAUUAGUUUUUUAGUUAGCUGGUACUCUGAAGGCCCGCAAUGGUGGUAGGUUAUAAAUAUGAUUUAAUUAUCUGUAUGUUAAAUCAUUGUCGAAAUACAACAUUAUUUUCAUAAAUAAAAAUAGAUGUGUGUGAAAAUGUCUCGUGCCAGAUUUUUGGCGAGACAACACGUCCUGAGGAUGCCUCGUGUAGAGGCGAAACACGUGUCGAACUGUUCAAAGACAAAUAUUGGCGGAAUCAACACCAAAGAAAACCCAAAUCAUUCGUAUAAUUUUGGAUUUCCGCAAAGUAACGCCUACUUUAAUAAAUAAAAAUAGAUCUAUACUAUGCGGAACUUACAGUCAAUACCGAAUUAAGCCGGAUAAAAUCGCGAGUCGAUUUAUACUUAUUUAAAAAUAUUGUGGACGCUUAACGUCAUACCGAACGUACUUGUGAGCAAAUACAAAGGGUCUGUUUCGCAAAGUACAAAAAAGUAACGUAGAAACAGUCUUGUUAUAAAACUAUUUUCAUUUCUAAACAAUUUUUUUUGUUUUAAAGUGACAAUCCUUACAUCUGGGAUUAAUUACACAAAUAAAACUGAAAACAAAAUUUUACGAACGAUGCGGGACUCGAAACCGCGGGCUCUCGCGUUCCGUACGAGCGCUCUUUCCAAUUGAGCCUACCGUUCGAGUGACGUACUGUCAUAAAAUUUAGUAUGCUAUUUUGUUUUUUUUUUAUUUUAUUUUAUAACGCUCAGUUUGUAGCUGUAUGAAGCCACAAACGCAAAAGAGGAAAGAGUCGUCUCAUUGACAGACGGCGUGCACGGAUUAGGUGAGUUACCUUCGAUAAGUUUAUUGUGUCAGAAAAGUCAACGAUAUUUAAGAUUUUUAUCUCAAGUAAGAGAUAAUAUUGAGAACGGCCGUUAGUCAUCUUGCGAAUAAACAAAGCGGUAAAGUAAUUGUGAGACGCAUCUGUAUCACUCAGAACUUUCUUAAUUUAUCUAGCCAACAACAAUUCAACAACAUUUAACAAUUCGCUACUUGUAUGUUGGCAAACAGGCCCUUAUAGUUUUAUUACUUAUAUUUUGUCGUACGUUCGAAUUAGCCACAUAUCUAACUGUGGAACGCCGAACGACUGGUGUGUUUAGACCCAGAUUUGCUCCUUAACGGUGCGUCAAAGUGUGUGACAUGGAUAAGUCAGUGAACGAAAGCCAAAAUGUAAUUUCACAGAAUGGACUCACAACAAUGCCGCAUUAUUAUACAGCGUGUUCUUAAAAAUCUUUUGUUUUUAUUGUAUGUAGAAUAUAUUAUUUUUCAUAUCGUUUUUUUACUAAAUGUAUUUGUUCAGUAAAAUUUUUCUUCCAUAUUGGUCUUGUAUGAAAUUUGAUGAAACAUUGUAUUAUUUUUUUGAGAGAGACGCUUCGUUUUUUCUUAAAGUCAAUUCAAAGUGGAAUAAAUUGAAAUAGUCGUAUGAUGUGUAUUCGUCAAUCUGUGAAUGCAAUUUCGUCGUGCCAGUCUUAGUUGGCUGACUAUCCCGUCUCAUUGUCGCCAUAAUGACAUCACAAGUAUUAUCAAAGUUUUAUUUAUCUAUAGUAGAUUAACAUAGUUAUAACUUAGAUGUAGGUACGUGGAUAUUGUUAGAGGUAACAUAAAUAUUGUAUGAAUCAGGUUUAUUUAUGCAUUAGUUACAUUUUUUGUUCAAUUUUGAAACAGCAGCGCAAUAUAUAGUACAUACUAUAUUGCUGUUUACGAACACACACACUAACAACUAAACUAACUAAUAUCCCAACUAAGUUCCAAACUGUAACAAAUGUUUCAUUGUUUAUUGAUGUGGAAUAUUAAAAAAAUAUUAUUAAGGGAAA